CUCUCCCGUCCAUUGUUCUCGGUGCCCCUCGGGCUUGAGCCACCUUGACUCCGGAGGUGCCGGGCAGUGCCCGGGGGCGCUUUUGCGUGCGGAGCGACCGCGGGAUUGGCAUCUGGUCUCUGGAGAGCCAGACUCCUUGUUGAAAUUUGAGGAGGGUGCUGUCUUCUCAGAGAGCCUGGCUGGAGAAGACUGAAGGUCAAGGUUAGAAGCCUGAGUGAUUCCCCCCAGAACGUGGAUGAUGGCCUCGGAGGUGCCGAGAGUAACCACUCCCCUGAGCCCCUUAGUCCGUGUCCCUCAAGAGCAAGAUGACCAGGAGGAGGAGGUCGCCACCAUGAUCCUGGAAGACGACUCCUGGGUGCAGGAAGCUGUGCUGCAGGAGGAUGGCCCUGAGCCUGAGCCCUUUCCCCAGAGCGCCGGCAAGGGCAGCCCCCAUGAGGAGGUGGCCGGAGGGCCACAGGGUGCCCUUGGCCGUCUUCGAGAGCUCUGCCGGCGCUGGCUGAGGCCAGAGGUGCACACCAAGGAGCAAAUGCUGACCGUGCUGCCAAGGGAAAUUCAGGCCUGGCUGCAAGAGCAUCGGCCCGAGAGCAGCGAGGAGGCGGUGGCCCUGGUGGAAGAUUUGACCCAGACCCUUCGGGACAGUGCGUGCCUAGCAUCUGAUAUGCAAAACUCACGUAAACUCUCAGAGAGCCUGGCUGGAGAAGACUGAAGGUCAAGGUUAGAAGCCUGAGUGAUUCCCCCAAAGAACGUGGAUGAUGGCCUCGGAGGUGCUGAGAGGAACCACUCCCCUGAGCCCCUUAGUCCAGGUCCCUCAAGAGGAAGAUGACCAGGAGGAGGAGGUCGCCGUCAUGAUCCUGGAAGACGACUCCUGGGUGCAGGAAGCUGUGCUGCAGCUUGGAGACAAGCGGAAUUAUCAUCACCGGGGAAGAUAAGUGACUCCCUUAAGGUCUCGCAGCUAGUACGAGGCUGAACCAGGAUGCCAGCUCAGGGGUCUGAGGACGUGGCUAAUGUUCUUAAGCAUUUCGUCACAUCUGAUGCAAAUUCAUCAUUGCCCGUGGGAUGUUGGAAAGAGGGGCUGCAGAUGCAUAAGACAAAGGUGACUAACUCAGAGGCAUCUAGUCUAGAGGAUUCAGAAGGCUGGAAAGGGAAGGUGGUUUGGGGACAGAGUUGUAACAAUGCCCAGGGACUUGGGAGAUGUGAGUAUAAAGCUGUCCUUUGGAGAAAAGGGUGGUCAUGGAGGGCCACCUGUGAGCCCAGGCCUUCACUGAGCACCUCACAUGUCCAUCUUGCUGAUAAUCCCAUGAGGUGGGUGGAACUGUCAUUUUACAGAUGAGGAAAUGGAAGUUCAGCAAGGUCAAGCUCUUCCUUGAGGUCACACGGCUGGUUAGUGAUGGAGCCGGCAUUCAAACUCCAGUCUGUUUGCUUCCACGUGUGUUUGGUAGAUCCCAGGUUUUAUUUGAAGCAAAAUACCUGAUUUUCUUUGGCCCUGAAAAAUAGCUUUUAAUUUUACUCUUCCUACUUAAAAAAGCAAAAGCCUCUCACCCUGUUUAAAAACCUGUUUACUAUGUAACAAGUUUGUGAUGAACCUCAGGCUCUUCAAUGAGAUGCUAAAGAGAGGCCAGAGGGGUGGAAGGCUGAGGAGAAACCUCUCUGGGGUUACUGUUCAGUUGGGGAAGUCACAGAGCAGGGCGUCAAGUCUCAUCAGGUGUCUCUGAGGCAAUGACAGGCUCCCACUGUGACAGCCCUCCCCACCUGGCUUGCUGCAGGGGCUUUGUGCCUUUCAUCUUUCACGGAACAUCCCAGAUGGGGAAUGUCCCAGACUGAGUGGGCUUGUCAGUGCUCUCAUUUCUGCCAUUGAGAUCGUCUUUGUGGUUUUCAUUUGUCUAACACAUGCUCCUGACCUGCCUUAUGAUUACUCAGAGGAACCUCUGCAGUGAUCUCCAUCCCUUCUCAAACAUUUACUCAGCAUAAGACCACUUGAUCUCUAGUCUGUUUGUCCAGCUCGGGACCUUUGGUCACAUUUACCCAGCACAUUUUCAAGGCCUGCUUAGACAGUGGUUGUUUAAUAUUUGACUAGCAGGCACCUCUAGGUGUUCACAGUUAAAAUAUCUUAAAAUUCCAGUUGAGAUUGGACCUAUAUUAAUAGUUUAAGUGGUAAAGCUCAUCUCUCUUUGUGUUUCCCAAGGGCAUUUUGAUCCCCAUACCCAGCCCUAUUUCAGGCUCUUGGUAUUUCACCUGAACUCUCGCAGCAGCCUCCAAAGGGAACCUGCCUUCAGCCUCUUUCCCCUGCUCCACUCCUACCUGAGUGAUCGGGCACUCUCCUGCUUAAAAAUCUUCUUGAGUUCCCCAGUGUCUCCAAAUCAACCAUGACCUCUUUGUUCUGCUUGCAGCCCGUGGCCCUGUGUGACCUGGACCAGGUGCCCAUGGCUGGUCCUCCUCUGAUCCCCUUGCCACAGCUCUUGCUUCAUUCAGACCAGAUCUUGCUGUUUCUUGAACAUAAUUUGUACUUGCUGGCAUUCACCUGUGCUGCUGAGUUUUGACUUGGAGUGGCCUUGUCCAUCCCUGUGUGAUAAAAUCCUGGUCUUCCUUUGAGUGCACACCUUUGGAGACCUGCUCCAUAAAGCUGUCCUUACUUCCGGCCCCUGUUUCCUGUCCCCAGUUCCACCCGCCUGAGAGCAUCUCUGAUCACCUCUGCUAGAAGUCAUCUCCCCUAGAACAUUUGGAUUCCCCUCCUCUCUUGGCUUUGUAUCGUAUUCUGUCUUGUUUUCUAUUUGUAUGAAUACUCAUCUUAUUUCUUCUAGGAACCUAUAAAAUCCCCAAAGUCAAGGAACCUAUCUUUUUCUUAACCUUUUUCUUUUUUUUUUUUUAAGCUCUCACAGUACCCAGCACAGUGCCCUGUACGUAGUGGGGACCCAGUAAGUAUUGACGGCAUGAGGAAAUGAAUCCUUCCAGCCUCCCUGCAGGUGUGGAGAAGCUCACCUGCUGGGUCCUUGAAGGAGGCAGAUAGCUGCUUCCUUCCAGGCUUAUCUGCCUCUCCUUGAGAAAGCCAAGCUAAGUUUUGUUUUAAAACAAAAUGGGGUCAGGACUUCCCUGGCGGUCCAGUGGUUGGGACUUCGCCUUCCAAUGCAGGGGGUGCAGGUUCAGUCCCUGGUUGGGGAGCUAAGAUCCCACAUGCCUCAUGGCCAAAAAACCAAAACAUAAAACAGGAGCGAUACUGUAACAAAUUCAAAGACUUUAAAAAUGGUCAAUAUCAAAAAUAUCUUAAAAAAAAAAAAAAAAGGUCAAGCCCAAAGUUGGCAGAACGUAGCCAGGUAUAUUUCCAAAUCUAGAAAGGGAGACUAGGUAGGACUGCAGCUUAGACCUGGGAGAACUCUUAGGCCGGUAGGCAAGUCAAGCAGCUUAGUCCCGCAAGAGAGCACCUACUCUUAGGUUUUCGUUCUUGGAAGCUCUGUAUUAAUCCUUUGUUUAUAUUCAGCAAACUCAGUGAAUAUUAUCAUAUUUAUGCUGUUAACAAAGAUGUUUAUAAACAUAGAGAACAUGUUUCUGAGUAUGGAGGUGGGUGCUAUUGCCGUUUCUCAAAUUCCAGAGGCUCAAGGAUAUCUCCCUUCAUGGCCUGAGAAUAAACCAGUAGGUGGCCUUUCUCACCUGUUGUUAUCCAGCCAAACUGGUAGGAGUAGUCCAUGGGACUGGCAGCAUUUACUUGAAGGGACAAGCUUUGGAUUUGGAAACCUAAGGUAUGGUGAAUCCACACCUCAGGGAGGACAGUUGCCUGGAGGUCUCUUGCACCGGGGAGCUGGUCUUGGAUGUGGCCACCAGCACACAAAUGCCAGAGAAAAUGAAACUGUUGUGGGCUGGACGUGGAAGCCGCAGUAGGGCAUCACUGGUCCUGUGGAGACCGUCCAUCCAGUGAUGUGCUCUUUCUUUUUAUUUUUUAAAAAAUAAAUUUAUUUAUUUGU